AUGCGGGUAGGGGUGCUAUCCGAAGAUACUGCGAGUAUCGACUCUCAGCUACAGGCGUUCUGGGAACUAGAACAUUUAGGCAUUACUGACCCCUAUCCAUCUGACCUCGACACCGAUUCCGUUCUGCAGGAUUUUUGGGCCACCACAAAGCUGGUUGACGGUCGUUACGUUGUACGCCUACCUUGGAAAUCGGAAAGGCAACCAGCCUUAGGAGACAAUAAGGCGUUAGCGGUUCAACGACUUGAGGCUACUACAAGGAAACUACGACGAGAUCCAGCACUGAUGGAAGAGUAUGAUUCUACCAUUCGGCAAUACCUUAAUCUCGAUCACGCUGAGCGUGUUUCUGCGCCUGAGUCAGUGUCUGGACCUCUGUAUCACAUGCCGCACCAUGCAGUCAUACGAAGAGACCGCGAGACUACAAAGGUCCGUAUUGUAUUUGAUGCGUCGUCGAAGUCCCCUGGUUGCAUCUCCCUCAACGAGGCCUCACACGCUGGACCAAACCUGAACCCCGACGUCCUACAACUGUUGCUACAGUUUCGCACGUACGAAGUGGCUCUAACGGCGGAUGUAGAGAAGGCAUUCCUUCAAAUUCAACUGGACCCAUCCGACCGUGACUGUCUGCGAUUCUUGUGGUAUGCCGCUCCUCCUAAGACGGGUGAACCUUUGCCACCGGUUGAGACUUGGCGGAUGACACGGGUUCCCUUCGGAGCGAAAUCGAGCCCCUUCCUCCUUGCAGCGACUAUACGUCAUCAUCUAAAGUCAGCAGAGACAUCGUACCCGCAGACAGCUCCCUUGCUGUCAAACCACUUUUAUGUGGACGAUCUCGUUGUCGGCGUCGCCACCGUCCAGGAGGCGCUCACUCUUUACCACGAAUCACAAGCAAUAUUUCGUGACGCUGGCAUGAAGCUGGUGAAAUGGACUACCAACCGCUCGGAGCUUCAGGGAACUUUCGAGGCCGAUGGAACUGCAAGCCCAUCCGCUACGUCACAGAGGAAGGUUCUUGGACUCGGUUGGGACAUCAGCACCGAUGAAAUCCCGUACUCCCUGAAAUCCAUCACUGAGUUCCUCGAGAGUAACUUGAACACCGGCACUAAGCGCUAUGUGCUUCAAGCCGUUGCGCGUAUCUAUGAUCCCUUCGGCUACGUGACGCCAUACGUUGUCACGGCCAAGAUUCUGCUACAACGUAUUUGGCUGGCAAAGCUGAACUGGGACGACCGGCUACCAGAAGAUCUCAUGAGCACGUGGUCUACGUGGUGCAGGCAGGUACCCCUACUGGCUCGCGUUUCCCUACCGCGGAGGUUAACUGCUCUCAACAUUUCUGAAGCCUCCUGCUCGUUGCACUUUGGGAAAAGUGGACGAAAGAAUAUAUCCUUUCCUUGCGAUCGGCCAACAUCUGCAAGCCUGUCCAGUCACGCAGUGUUAAGGUCGGUGGCCUGGUGCUGA